UUUUUUCUAUUGAAGCUCAUUGCUUUUAUCAUAGAUGGGGACGUUUGGCUGGUGGAUUGUGGAGAAGGGACUCAAAUCCAGAUCCAGAAGAGUACUCUCAAGCCAGGGAGAGUGACAAAAAUUUUUGUUACUCAUCUCCAUGGUGAUCACGUGUUUGGACUCCCAGGACUGCUGUGUACAUUAGGAAAUCAAGCAACCAAGAAACCAAAAGACUUUCUCUUUGAAAUCUAUGGUCCACUCGGACUGAAGAAAUUCCUCAGAGUCAUACUGUCCUUGAGUCAGUCACCUUUGCCAUUUCCCUUUGUUGUUCAUGAGUUGGUUCCCAUUGAAGCCCAGCUGGACAAUGUGCAAUGGCCUCCAAUACCAAUGGAUUCUCAGUCUUCUGACCCUCCCCACCCUCAGGAAGGAAUCUCAAGGCUGAUCCAUCCAUCUGAGGAUGGCAUCUGGGAAGUCAUGGACAGUGGUGGUUACAAUGUGAGGGCAUCAUGGCUGAGGCAUCGAGUUGCAUGCUUUGGCUACUGCAUCCAAGAACCAGAUUCUCCUGGGACAUUGAAUUCUCAGAAACUUAAAGAACUUGGGAUUCCACCUGGACCCCUUUAUGGACAACUGAAGCAAGGUCACUCUGUUGUCUCUCCCCAUGGCACCAUGAUUCACCCAGAAGACAUCAUGGGAACUAAGAAGCAAGGAAGAAAGUUGGUGAUCCUGGGAGACACAUGUGAAUCCUCAGCCAUGCUGAAAUUGGCAGAGGGAUGCAAUGUUCUUGUACAUGAAGCUACACUCGAGAAUGCAAUGGAAGAGAAGGCCAAGGAGAAUGGGCAUUCCAGCCCUAGGAUGGCAGCCAGCUUUGCCUCCUCUGUCCAUGCAAAGCUUCUUGUCCUUACCCAUUUUAGCCAGCGGUACCAUGACUCACUUCAACAGUCCCUUAUGGAUGAAGUGGGUUCAUUCUCUUUCCUUUGACUUGAAUGUUGUCAUUCAUGUCUGCUUUUGCUUUUAAUUGAUGUGAAAAUACCAGAGGCACAUGAGAGUUUAUUUUGCCUCCUCAGAUAAUUGUGGUCAUUGUUAAGAAGUCAUACUGCUUGCAAAUUGAUUGUCAAGGAAUUUAAUGAAAGUGCCACUCAGAAAGUUUAUGGACUCAGAAAAUAUAAUCAGAAAUUGCAAAUGAUAAUCAUACUUUCUCCUUCAUAUAUUUCUAUACCUUACCAUCUAGUGAACCAGGUCACUAAUGUGUUUAUCAAGGAUAUCACCAUCACUGAGGAAGAGCCAAGCAGGGCCAGGCAAGCUAAUGUUGGGAAAGGCAACUAGCCUGAAUGGAAUCCCUGGUUGUGUCAUCAAGCACCUGAAGGAGGAAGUGGCAGAACCAUUAAGAAUCAUAUUUGAAAGAAGCAUUUUGUGUGGGGAAAUGCUUACAAAUUGGAAAGUAGUGAAUGUUGUUCCAAUCUGUGAGGGAGGGGCAAAAGGAAUCCAGAGAAUAGCAGACUGGUGAGUCUCACAAGCAUUCAAAGGAAGAUCAUGAAAAGCAUUCU